AUGGCGUCUUUCGGAAAGAUCUAUACUAAGGAGCUCAACCCCCGCACCACCGCGAUCCUCGCGGUUGCGAAGGCCAAUGGGUUGAACUUGGAAGUUGUCGAAGUCGACACCACCAACCCAACUCCCGAGUUCCUCAAGGUGAACCCUCUCAGCAAGGUUCCCGUCUUCGUCGGCAACGAUGGAUACGUCCUUACUGAGUGCAUGGCCAUCGCCAUUUACAUUACAUCCCAAAACGAGAAGACUACCCUACUCGGCAAGACCAAGCAAGACUACGCCUCUAUCUUGAAGUGGAUGUCUUUGUUCAACACUGAGGUUCUCCCCAAGCUCGGUGCCUGGUACCGCCCUCUCCUCGGAUGGGACCCCUACAACAAGAAGGGUGUCGAGGAUGCUGCCAAGGGUGCCGCUAAGGUCAUCUCUGUCAUCGAAGAGCACCUUCUCCACAGCACUUACCUCGUUGGCGAGCGUAUCACCCUCGCUGAUCUGUUCGCCGCAAGCAUCAUCUCUCGCGGCUUCCAAUUCUUCUUCGACAAGAAGUGGCGCUCUGAGCACCCUAACGUCGCACGAUGGUACGAGACUGUCUACAACCAGCCCAUCUACACCGAGGUUGCCAAGCCUUUCGAGCUCCUCGACACUCCUAAGUUGACCAACGUCGCGCCCAAGAAGCCCGAGCAGGCCAAGGCCCCCAAGGCCCCCAAGGCUGCUGCUCCUAAGCCCGCUGCUGAGCAAGAGGAUGCACCGGCUCCUAAGCCCAAGCACCCUUGUGAUCUCCUACCGCCAACGGAGUUCUACCUAGACGACUGGAAGCGUUACUACUCGAACCACGAUGAGGCUGACUCUAUGAAGUGGUUCUGGGAGAACGUUCCUUUCAAGGACUUCAGCAUCUGGAAGGUCAAGUACAAGUACAACGACGAGUUGACUUUGACUUUCAUGUCCAACAACUUGAUUGGUGGAUUCAACACCCGUCUCGAGGGCUCUCGCAAGUACCUCUUCGGCUGUGCCUCUGUGUACGGCGAGAACAACGACUCGAUCAUCGAGGGUGCCUUUGUCAUCCGUGGUGACGAGUACCUUCCCGUCUUUGACGUCGCUCCCGACUACGAGAGCUACGAGUUCACUAAGCUGGACCCCACCAACGCCGAUGACAAGGCUUAUGUCGAGUCCAUGUGGACAUGGGACAAGCCUGUUGUCGACAACGGCAAGGAGUACAAGCACGCUUCCGGCAAGGUCUUCAAAUAA